UAGUAAACAAAUUCUCCAUGUUUAUAUUUCGCUGACCACCGAUCGAGAACGUAUUUUUCGAAUAGUAAGCUUUGUAUUUCUAAGGCUUGGCCUCUUGAGUCAAAAUAUAACAUCCAAAGAAUUUGCUAGAGUUGCGAAGGCGAGCAGAUCUUGUUUAUUUUGACGAAGAGCUCUUUGCAUAUGGAUGUGGCCAUUGGUCAAAUAUGACCUGCACUGAAGCGAGGGAAUUCUUGUCAGCAUAAUAACACGAUUUUUUCAAACGUAACUAUAUACUUUCUUUGCGGCGAAUGUAAUGCUAAGCAAGGAUAUGGACGUGGUCAUUUCUGAAGUUGUCAUGGAAGGAGUAUUGGCAUGAAUCGGCCGCUUUCUGUGGUUGUAAAUCCCUGGCGAAAAUGGAUGACCGGACAGAUUCAGAUCACGAUGGUGUUCUCUCAGAUGACCAACCUCCACAUGCGACAGUAUGCAAAAAGGUUAGGCGGUAGAUUUUUUCUGUAGGUGUCAAGUCAGGGAUGCAGAAAUCUAACUUAAGGCUUUAAAUAAUUUACUCGCUUUAUAACUGGUCAAGGGAAGAGCAGUAAUAAUCCGUGGCUUUGUUCAAAGGUGACUAGAAUGUCUCGCUGGUUUUCGAUUCAAUGCGGCGCAUCGCUCAAAUGUCAGCUUGAAAUUAGACCACGGCUCUACUUAAGCUGAGAGCCCGAUGCUUGUUAAAUAUGUAUUCUAGGAAUUUAUCUUCUGUAUGCCUCGAGAUCACUGGUGUUUUAAGCUAUUCCGAGCCAUCUUGUCUAGUUAAAUUAAAACCAAAUGCUCUCUUGGCCUCUUUGAAUCUUGACUUGCUACAUUUGAUGAAUAUUUCGGUUUCUAAGACGGAGCGUUUGAGAUCAAAUCUUCCAUCUCACACAAGUCAAAACCGCAAUUCCUGAUAUAUUUUCCAGUUUAGUAACCACCCACAUGAUCUAUUUUGCUGCAAUAUCUUAUUUUUAUUUCACAAUUUUUAAAAUAUCAGAUAAUUUUCCAAGCAUCGGGUCGUGCCUGAGUGCCUGUAUUGAGCAAUAUACAUGAAUUUCUUUAAAAUUGACAUGACAUAUUUCACUAAUACUUUUACACGAUUUUUCUCGCUCGGAAAUAUUAUAAACAUUUAUUUUUGUUCGUUUGAUUUAUUAAGGUGUUUAUCUUAAAACUAGAGUUAAGGUCGCAAGGAUUUUUGUCCUGUAUGAUUCAAAAAAGCGAUUCUAAAACUCUUAGAAAUUGUACUUGCCUAAUAUAUUCACGCGGGGUCUGGUAUUUUGAGAAAGAGGUCGGGCUAUUGUCUCAGUCGUUUUCAGCUGGUUACCGUAGUUUCUCUUGUGGAUCAUUAAUUGGAAUCACGUACGCACGAUAGGAUUCAUUUCAAAGCGAAUUAAAUACAAUUUCGUUCAGAAAACACGCGUCGGAACCAAGUCAUGUCGUUGAUGAUAUGUUCACGAUCGCCUUCGAUAUUUGACAUUCCAUCAAACUAACCAAAGCGUAGUACAGUACCGCAGCGUUACAAUAUACAGUAUGUCUUCAUUUCUUUAAACGAAGCUUGAUUUUAAGGAAUUGCAAUGUUUCUGCAUCAUACCGCAGUCACAGUUGUAUUGGAGAUGUAUUGAAUAUUUAGGAAAACACCUCAAAUGCAGAGAUUAGCAGAAAUUAUAAUUAUACUUGAACCAAUUCAACAGUUGUAUACUGUUCUUUUGUUCCAAUUGUUUAUGCGUUAAUUUCAUCUCUCGGUUAAAAAUUAUAAACAGUUUGCACCAGUGAUCAGUUAAAGCUUAGGUUGCACUCAAGACAAAAUUCAGACAAGUCUGUUUUAAAAACCUCCAAACCUGUCAAAAUCUUGUCUGAAGAUGACCUUGUCAAGUGUGAUCAACUGGUUUUUAGACAUAGACAUAGCUAGGAAUAAAAAAGGCUACUUUUCUGCUGAGGAGCAGAACUUUCUUGGAACCAUAAACACUUUGUGUCUGUCUUUUGACAAAAUUUUCCAUCAGUUCAGUGAUCCUUGGAGAACUUAUCACUGCAUAUUUCAUUAUUUAUGAAUAAUAUUUUUUUUUGUCUCAACUACCCAUAGGUUUAUUUUUCAAAUAGAUUGUUUAUUUUGGGAGAACAGCUCCAACUUGUAUGAGGGCAAGAGUUGUUAAAACCUUCAUUUGCAUUACACUGAUGUGCGGUGUUUUGCAAUGAAGAGUGGGGUGGAAGGAGGGUAGGCAACAAUUUGGAAGCAGGUAACAAGGAAAGGAGGGGGAACCACACCUUCCUGACUCUCCCCUUCUUUCCCCCUCAUCCAAUCAAAAAUUGAAAACUUGAUCAGGUUUUGUACUCUUUAACCCUUUAACUCCCAUUAAUAUCAAAUUUGUACUUCUCCUUACUGUCAGCCAUACAAUUCUUUUGAUGUUAGUUUAUAGAAUUUAGUAUUGGAUCAACUAAUUAUCCUCAAAUUGAUAUUUUUCUUUAUUCUUUAUUCUUUAUUCUUUAUUACUUAUCUGAUUGAUAUUAUGUCAAUAUUAUAAGGAGAAAUUCUGUCUUGGUCACUCAUGGGAGUCUAAGGGUUAACUAAACAGAAUGUGUGAAACAGAUGUUUAAUAUGAUGCAUUUGUCAUAGUGCAUCACUCUUUUGAGUCAUUAGAUGAUAAUAGGAACUUUGGACCAAUUUCAGCUAUCUUUUAGGAGUUUAAAAACCAUUUAACUCUUUAUACCUGAACAAAAAACAUACAUAUUCUCCGUACUGUUCCCUGAACAUUUCUUAAGGUGCUGACAAGGAGAAUUUGUUUCCCAAAAAACAAGUCUUAGAGCAGUUGUAACAUCAGUGGAGUGAAAAAAAUACAGCUAUCAUUCUUCUUGAAGAUAGUCAAAACAAAAAAAGGAGAAAAGCUGCAAACAGUGUGGUGUUUGAUUUUUUUUAAUCCAUUGGUGUAAAUUUACCAUUAGGUCAUUUAUUCAGUGAGAUCAAGCUUGUUCGAUUCAAUUAAAGCAUGGUUCUUUUUUUGAUUUGCCAUUGUUUUGGAUGUGAACUUUCUCUCAAGGCAAUAUUCUCAAAGCAGCCUCAAAAAAACCACACCAGAAUCACAAAAAUCUUUUCCUCAGACUGAGAUAAGUACUCACACCUGUGAAGGGAAAGAUUACACAAGUAAACCACAUGUGAAUUCAGGUGCACCAAAUGUUGCAAAAGAGUCUAAGAUGAAAUGUACUUAGAUGAUCCUUUAUAAGCGAAGGGAUUUCACAAAAGUAUAAAUGCUGCAUGGACUGAGAAGAAGCUUAUGCCAGCAAGAAAACAGUGGAGAAGAGAAUGCCGAAGAAAAUCUUGCCUCUAUCAGACCAUUCUUUGAAGUUUCCUCUUAAAAAGAAGGGCUUCUGUCUUGCGUGGAAGCCAGUUUCAACUGAGGUCAGAAGCCAACCAAAAUGUUGUGGCUCAAAAUUAAUAUGUGGUUGUACUGGUUUGAAACUCAUUUGCUUUGUAUUUCUCUAUUUUCUAAUACAUUACCAUAAUAUGUAAACAGAGAAAAACACGAAUCAAAUAAGUUUAAAACUGGUUUACCUUGAGAUCUCAUAAUAUGUUUUUAUGAAUUAAGGUCAAGUCACCUACAGUUCAACUUGCCAACGCCAACUUGCCAACAUAUAAAAUCAAGUAGAGACAUCAACAAGUUGGUCUUCAAUCCAGUACAACUUAUUAGAAGUUAAACAUAUAGUAAAAAACAUAUUUGAUUCCAACAAAGUUUAUAUGGAUCUCAAGGUGAAUAAAGCAAGGUAAGCAAGGUAAACAAGGCCAAUGACUAUAAAAGCUUCAGACACGAAUGAGUUAUUGUGUGACAACAACACCAUAAAGACUCAUCAUGUCAAUCGGUCAGAUUUUUUCAAGAAAACUUGGCUUUCUAGACUAGAUCUUUAGUAAAAAACAAUUCUUUUUAUUUCCAAAAAACUUUAUAAGGAUUUCAAGGCAAGUAAAGCAAGGCAAACAUUGCCAACGACCAAAAAAGCUUUUGAUGCGAACAAGUUUUAACUUCUUCACAUCUAAAGCUUUUUUGGUCAUUGGUGAUGUUUACUUUGUCUAUACUUUUCCAUAUAUUUAACUUCUAAUAAGUUGUACUGGAUUGAAGACAAACUCACCAACGUCUCUACUCAAUUUUAGACAGUGGUGAGUUGGUGUUGGCGAGUUGAACCGUCGGCAAGUUGACUGGUUACUGUUUAUAUUUAUAAAUCUCCUCCUGAAGUUCAAUUUGAAAAUUACCAUAGAAUGAAUUUUACAAGCUGGGUCAUUGUACUUAAGAUUUCAUGUAGGGGAUCCAACACAUUGCCAGCAAGUCAUUGUUAAUCUUUUGUUAUAGAUGGAGAAGCUUAUAAAUCAGAUGCAAGACGAAAAAGCUGGAGUGCCCAUCAGAACAGUAAAAAGUUUCAUGUCCAAGAUUCCAAGUGUUUUUACUGGUGAGAUUAUUUUAAUUAUUAUACUGCACUUUGAUAUGGCAGAGUGUUAAGCAGUGUGGGCAAAAAUGCUGACUUGGGAAGAUGCCGAUUUAAAAAAAUCAAUUUACGCUUUAAGAGAGAAUUUCAUGAAUGAGCAGAUGUGUUUGCUGUAUUUUAUAGCACCACACAUCAACUUCAGCAUAACCUAUGUGAGUGGUGUUAAGUUCCAAAUAAAUAAUAUUCUGUCUGGUGUUUGGUUCUGAGACUAGGCAAAUUUUGGGGAUUUCACUUUGUUUUGUAAAGGGUAGCUAGAAAUGUAGUUGAUUCCAAAAUUGGGGGCGCUUGAAAAAAUGGUUUUAAACUGCUCAGUGCAGUCUGGCCAGAAUCCCUUGUUAAGUGUUGUAAAUUAGCUCAGAAUACUCUCCUGGUAGAAGGGUAUCAAAAGUUACUGAACCAAAUUAAUUUCAAGAGUGACAAAAAAGGACUUUUUCCAUUUUUAAGCAGAGGGGUGAUAGAUCAGAAGGAAAAUAUCAAAUACAGUAUAUUGUUUGAAUCAACAUGUGGCACCAAAUUCUCAGAGCUGAAAUUGUCAAAAAUAAAUGGCAUACAGUUAUUGAAAUUGAUGUUUACGUCUCGGAAGUCAAAGGGUUGAAGUUUGUGCAAGCUUGAUAUUCCUUUGUUUGUGAUAUAUAGGACUUCAAUAAUCAACUGCCAAAUGACUGCUGCCCAUAACCUAUCAUUUUCAUCUGGUAAAAAAUUUGAAAUUUUCUGAAAGUAGCAGUUUACAGCUGUUUUGAGAACUGUUGUUGCACAAAAAAGUGUAAAAAUACCUGCAACAAUUGUUGUGGGUAUAUUUCAGUCAUGAUUUCUUGACCUCAUGAUUUCAGGGAAAUCUGAGAAAAAGUCACUGUGAGGACAAGGCAUUGCAAGUUUGAUGAAUUCAUAUAUUCAUUAGACUCAUUUAAAUUCACAGAUUACAGGAUACACACUCAGAUUACCUUUUCAAAACAGCUGAUACCAUUGAGAUUUUUUUCCACUUCUAAUAGUAAGUUAAUUGUUUUUCAGGGAGUGACCUAGUCGAUUGGAUCAUGGGCAAUAUUGCCAUUGAGGAAAGAGGUAACAUACAAUGCAUGGUUAUAUCUAACCCUUCCACUCGCAAAAUCUGAAUAACAAUUUUCUCCCUGCAGUCUGCAACACAGUUCUCAUAGUGGAUUGUUUCAUCUCUGAGAAGUUGCUGUUAAAUCAAACAAUAUCCCUGUGUUGAUAUUUUUCUUUCUUCCAAACACCUCUCCACUUGGAAUUGUCUUUUUUUUUUUGGUACCUUAUGUAUUCAUUGAUAUUAUUGUUACAUAUUUUUUUCCUUUUUUUAUGUAAGUAUUUAGUAAAGAAACCCCUUCAUGUCUAAUCAGACAGCUGGUAUGUCGGCUGCAAAUGUCUGUGGUUGAAAAAUUGUCCAAAAAAGGAAUGUAUUUAGUUGGCCAAGAGGUGAAGCUUGGAGGGCAAAGAUGAAUUCUUGUGGACAAUCUCUCAGCAGAGGCCAUUGUUAGCUGAUAUGUCAGCAAGUCAGAUAGGGAUUUUUUUUUUAUAACCCUCCAGUCACUUUUUGUAGUGCUUGUUGACAGCAAAAUUUUGUUGACUUUUUUGUACUGUCUGAUGCAGCAAUUGAUUUCAACUUUUGCUUAUCACUACCCUUGGAGUCCACAAAAUGAGUUCAUUCUUCUUUCAUUUUAAGUAAUAAACAUGAAAAAGUGAAACUCUUGGGCUGGCUUUUUUCCACUGGUUUCAUUUCUUUUCAACGGAGAUAAACAGGGGACAAAUAUUGAUGUAAAUAGGGGUUAUUUUGUGAUGACUGUCCAGUGAUUUUGUACCACAUCACGUAAUAUAGCCAUAGAGUCACAUAAAAAGUAAUGUGUGGGUUCUAAUCUGAGGUAUUAUGGGGAGAAAUUCUUAUUUUCGUCACACCUAGUGAAAGGGCUAAGGGUAUAAUUGUAAUAGUCUGUUUUGCAGUUGUGUGCUUGGUUGCCAAGCCUUUGAACGGGAAUGAGGCUAAGGGUGACCUUGUUAUGAUACAAACCUUGCUGCUUUUCAAAUGCAAAUUACUUUGUUAUCUUGCUAAUUGGAUACUGAUGUCAAAGCAUGUAUUAUUCAUCUUAUCAUAAAAUAAAUUUUCAUGUAUUACUCAUUUGAAUACCAUUAUUUGUUUCACCAUCAGGGGCUGCAGUGCACCUGGCUUCACUCCUCGCAGCAUAUGGUUACAUCUUCUCUAUCACUGAUCACCACUUGAUGGUGAAAGAUGAUGCUUCUUACUAUAGGUUUCAGGUGGGAAUAAGCACAUUUGUCACAUUCAGGGGCUUUUUUAUAAAAUCAUUUUUAUAACUUAAAUUCUUUUUUUUUUUGGAGACACUGUGGGCAGAUUAGUAGUUAUAUACUUUUUAGGAAAUUUGGAUUUAUCAAUUGAGUUGACUAUGUAAACUGACCACUGUAAAAGUAGUUUUUAAAGCUAAUGUUUUGAGUGUUAGCCUUUGAUCAUUUUCUUUGACCAAGUGCUUGAAUUGUCAGCUUUAGAAACUAUCUGCUGUGGCCAGUUUAUAUUGUCAACUCAGUUGACAAAACCAAAUUAUAAAAAGAAAGUGGGAUCCCAUAUAGGCCUGAAUUUUUUUCAGGCGUUAUUUUCACUACUGCCUAUUUAAGUAGUGCUCAUUACUACAAAGAUCACUUUCAUAUUCAUUUCUUAACCCUUUAACUCUCAGAUCAAAUUUGUAAUUCUCCUUACUGUCAACCAUACAAUUCUUUAAUGUUAGUUCAGAGAAUUUAGUAUUGGAUCAACUAAUUAUCCCAAAUUGAUAUUUUUCUUUAGUCUCAUCACUUAUCUGGUUGAUGUUGUGUAGAGAUUGUAAGGAGAAAUUCUGUCUUGGUCACUCGUGGGAGUUAAAAGGGUUAAACAGCAGUUUUCUUAUAUUCAAAGCCAUUAAAGCCAAAUUAUCUUGUGAUUUCCCUCACUGACGCAGCACCAUAGUUUCUUUAGAAACUUACCCCCUUCUAUUAUAUACUGGAUACACUGUCAAAAGUUAAAUUCUAAGGAAAGAUGUUAUCUCUCUUGUCUCAAGCAUGGGACCAAGAAAACAGUCUGUGUGCCCCAUGUGGAAUUAAAUGCUGGACUGUUUGAUUGCUUGCUUAAAUGCUUUACCACUGAAAUUCAUUCUAGUUCUGAUGCUAUUCGUAUGGUCUAUAGCUUCACAUCCCCUUUUUAUAGUGGAGCUCAUAGAGUGUAGCCCCAUAAUUAUACAAAAUAGUAGUAACCCAUCAAGCCAAAAAAAUUUGGAUGUACAACCGUAUGACCGACCAUACAAGGUACUACUUUUAGCAUGCUUGGCCAACUGUGCCACAGGCACUAUCUUAUAAUCAGUCCUCUACACGGACAUGGAGAAGUUGCGAAUGAAAAUCCAUUAAUAUUACCAUGCACUUUAUCCAUAAAAGGGGCUUUAGUUUUGUUGAAGAGACAUGCAGGGAAAAAAAAUGCGAGCUCUGCUUUUAGGCUUACCUAAAUUUAUAUAUUAAACAUCUAUAUGUGGUGCUAGUUGGGGUAUAUGAAUUGUGCUUCAGUUUGCAAAAUUUUUAUUUAUUUUUAUUUUUUUAGACACCAUUCUUUUGGUUAUCAAAUAACUGGGAACCUGAGAAUGUAGAUUAUGGUAAGUUUAUUAUACAUAAUUAUAUUUUAACCCUUUAAUUCCCAAGAUCUCAUUUGGUAAUUCUCCUUACUGUCUGCCAUAUGGUUCUUGUGAUGUUAGUUUGGAGAAUUUGGUAUCAGAUCAACUAAUAAUCCCCUAAUUAAUAUUUUCGUUAUUCUCAUCAAUUAUCUGCUUGAUAUUGUAUUGAUAUUGUAAGGAGAAAUUCUGUCUUGGUCAAUCAUGGGAGUCAAAGGGUUAAGAAGCUAUAAACAAUUCUUACUGCAGGCAAUGAACACAGUUUAACCUUUUUUCCCCUAAGAGUGACUGGCCUCUUAUUUUUCCCCACUUUUUCAUUCUAUAAAAAAUUCUAAAGGUCAUGAUGAAGGUCACAAGAAUAGAGGAAGUGAUUGUUAAACAAAUUCUCCUUGCCAGUAUCAUAGCAAAUGUAAAGAGAACAGUGGGGAGAAUAUCAAUAUUAACAUUAAGUCCUUGGAAGGUGUGUUUCUACUUUAAUCCAUGGUCAUCAUCUCUGACCCUUCACCCAGUAUGCAUCAUCUCAAAUAAUUCAUCACUGGUCUCUGGAUCUCCAUUCCACGACCCCUUUCCCAAUCUCAAUCCCAAUCCCCACCCCCUCCUUCCUUCCCUUGACUGUUUACUCCUUUCCCCUGAGAGGAGGAAAGAGAGGUGUAGGACUGGUGCUAAGUAUUGUAGUAGCGGUUACAAAGCUAGGCGCUGUAUCCAAGUGUGAUUUCUUUAUAUUGUUCUGCAAAUUAGUUGUUCGAGGCGGUUUUGUCAGUGGUGAAGUGCCUCUUUACAGAGGCACCAUGAAAGUGAUUCCCUUAAAGCCCCAUGCCAUCAGCAUCAUAUCUCUCCUCCCAUUAUCAGGGGCAAGGUCACAAGAAUCAAGGAACUGAUUCUUAAGGAGAAAUUGUCCAGAUCUUCGACAAAUUCUCACAAUAGUUAAAAGAAAAUGUAUGGAAAGCAGUGAGGACAAUUUAGGAGUCACGUAUGAGGCAUGAAGGAUUAUUAUUCAAGGAAGUGAGAUGGGUUUAAGUUGGAUGAUACUAGCCUUGCUUCUCUGUAUCCAUACUUCUUAUCGAUUUAAUUUUUUUUCUUUUCACAGCUGUGUAUUUGUGUAAAAGAACGAUGCAAAAUAAGUCCAGACUGGAAUUAGAUGAUUAUGAAGCAGUAAGUGCGCAAAAUCUUGUUUCGUUACCUUGCCUUUGAAGAAAAAAGUUUUUAAUUUUCAGUUCAUACAUAUGUAUGUUACUAACCUACUUUUGACAGACUUCCUUCUCCUACGUAGUCUGUUGUUUAUAUGUUUUAAUACAUUUUUAGUAACGCUCGUAUUAAUUGAGUUAAGUAAUACUAAUAGAUAAAACUGUUUGUAGGAAAACCUUGCGAAGCUACAAAGAACGUUGUCGCGGAAAUGGGAAUUUAUAUUUAUGCAAGCGGAGGCACAAGCAAAGUGAGUUGUUUUUUUAAAAACUACUUCAGUAGCUUAUGCAAACUAUUACACAAGCCACAUCAAACGUGAAUGCUGAUUGGCUAAAAUUGCCAUUGAGCAUUUUCAAAUGAGUGUCAAGAAGUAAUCUGGGAUUGAUUUGGUUUUGCUUUGUACGCUCUAUGAUUGGUCCAAAAACUCACGCCACUUUAACAACCAAUUAGAUUAAAAACUGAACUCAAUCACAUCUUUGUUACCUGCGUUUUCCUGCGCUUUAGGCAGUUCACUUGUUUAUACUUUGAAUUCUGACUGGCUCCCUGUGAGAAGUCCCUUGAUUCUGAUUGGUUUACACGAACCGGUGUGUUUUACGACCAUAAAUCGAAAUGCGCACUAGUAAGAGAGUAAUUGCUGUGUUAACACCAGUUUUUUUAAAAUUUAUUUUGCAGGGUUGAUAAGAAGAGGGACAAAAUGGAAAGACAAAUAUUGGAUAGCCAGGAGAGAGCAUUUUGGAAUGUUCAUAGACCACCGGUAAGAAUAAAAGAUUGUAACCAUAGUCAGUGAUUAAAAAUUCGUCCACGUGCAGCUUCAUUGGAAAUUAGUUUGAAGGACCAUAGGAGGGUGGAACAGGGUUUAUUCGUGACACGUUAGUGACGCGGGAAUUUUAAUGAAAGAUGAGCGUCAUUCAAGAAUUUAUGAAUCAGCGUGAGGCGUGAUUUGGCUCCUGAAAUAUAAGUGACUCUUGAAUUUUUUUUCACAGUCCUUGAAAACCUCAAGAUUUCCCAGAAACCUUGUUUGCAAGGAGUGAAAUUUAAAGUUAUUCCUUUUAUAGGCCUGACGCGUUAAUUUUUUUUUUAAGUCUGUGCGUCUGAACCCACUUACAGCAGUUUACUGCGAACAAAGUUUUAAACAUCAUUCUUAAACAAAACCUCCAAGUAAAAACAAGGAAAUUAGUAACCAAGUCGUUACAGGUCUUAUAUUGGCUUCUGAUUGGCUUUGAAGGAGGUACAAGUUUUCUACAUCGAUCAAUUUAGGCGUUUUGAUUUAUUUAAGACCUUUUGCUUGGAUAAUAUGCUAAAAUAGGCUAUUGAAAUUUUAUUUUUAGCCAGGUUGUGUGUCGGUAACAGAAAUAGAUAUAAAAAAGGCUUGUAAAGCGGUAGACUCAUCACCGACCGCAAACAGGAAGGUAAGUCAUCCGACUGUAUACUGUAAACUUUCAAAUCAGCUUCUCCCUCCUCCUCAUGCAGCCCCAUCUUUACAAGGGUCCUCCAUUAGUACUUCAGCUCCAACCAGAAGCCUGUCUUUGUUUAGUUUCUUCCUUCUCUUGCUUUUUUCUCUUUUUCUUUUUUUUUCUUUUUAUCUUUCAUUCGUUUGUUCUUUCUCAUUUUCUGUAGUUCGUCGUUCAUGCUCUUUUGCGUUCGUUCGUUCAUUCUUUCGUUUGUUUGUUCGUUCUUUCGUUCUUUUGUCCGUCCGUUCGUUCGUUCGUUCGUUCGUUCGUUUCUGUCUUCGUUUUUUCGUUGUUCGUUUGUUCGUUCUUUCGUUCGUUUGUUCGUUUGUUCAUUUGUUUGUUCGUUCGUUCCUCAGUCCGUUUGUUCGUUCGUUCUUUCGUUCGUUCCUUUGUUCAUUCGUUCGUUUCUGUCUUCGUUUUUUAGUUGUUCGUUUGUUCAUUUGUUUUUUUUUCUUCCUUUUUCUUUCUUUCUUUUUUACUUUCCUUUUGUCGUUAUUGUUGUUGUUGUGGCCUCGGAUUGAAUUCCAAAUCUGGCGCCUGUCUUGGCCUGAGUUUUUUGUAACAAGAUUAACAAGGUAUUUGAGUGUGAAAAUAAUUUUUGAAAAUAACUGCACAAAUUGACGGCACAACAAGAUUGUUCAUGACUUUUCAACACAGGUGAACUUUCUACAAGAGGAUUCGUCGAUGUCAUUGUCGUCCUUGUCUGCGCUGGAUGGCGUCAAACAAGAGGUACAGUUCAAUAAUAUCUCAUUGGACAUGAUUUAUUGUAUCAGAAUUGUGUGCUGACACUUCUGGCGUCUGAUCAAUGUUUUCUUUUGGGGUGAAAGCCACUUGUGUCAAUAUGCCCCCUAUAUCUUAGCGAACAUUUGCGAAAAAAAAUGGAAGGAAAAAAGAAGAAGAAUAAGAAGUAAAAGAAGAGAGAAAAAAAAAGAAUGUGUCCAGUUUUGAAACCGCCACCUGACAGCUCUUGGCUUGCGUGUUGACGCAGUUAGCGAUCGAUCUAGUCGCAGCGGAGCGAAAAACGAGGGAAGUUUGGGUAGAGUCGCAACCCGACCCAAGCUUUCCUCAUUUAUUCACUCCUCCGAUACUAUCGCGCUCGGUUUUGCUAACUGAAAGCCUGGAACAGGCUACCAUUUGAAUAUCAGUUUGGGAUUUUAGUGACCUUGUUUCCCCCUGGGAAAAAAGGACUCAAGAAAGGGUUAAAAGUUGACCAAUUUCAUCAUCGACAUUUUGUUAGACAGGGCUCGUACGGGUCUUGAAAACCUGGAAAAUCCUGCAAUUUUAUUUUGACAUUUUCUAGGACCAGAAAGCCCUGGAAAAAAAGACUACGGGUCCUGGAAAAAUAAAUCUAAGUCCUGGGAAAAUCCUUGAAAUUUGUUUCUGAAAAGGGGUACGAACCCUGUUAAACCGUCUGAUUUUUUUCGGUUUUUUUUUAGUUCUUUUUCAGUUUUUUUCCCUUCUUUAUACAUAUUCAAAAAAUGUUUGGUUCACAAGCGUGUUAAAAAAAAUCAGAUGCUGUAAUUAGAUAGUUACGUUUUUAUUCCAGGUCAAAGAAUUAAGGGAGAAACUUCACAGAAGACGAAUGAAAACUUCACAAGCCUCUGAAAGGUGUCCAACAAUGUUUUGAUAUGAUUGGUAGAAUUCCACAUGUUUAGUGAUGGUUUCUUAUCCAUGAUGAUAUAUUUUUGAUGAACAAAUGAGGCCAUUAUCAUCGGUAAUGUUUUCUUUAUCACGUGGGAUGCCUGUGGUAGACCACGUUUAAAAUUCGCUUGAGUGUCACCGUAGUCAGAUAUGGACCAACACAUCCCUAGAUUUUAGCUCGCAGUACUGGUAUAUUUUGGCGAGCGAGGGCUCCGUAUUUGCUUGUGGAAAGUUUAAACGUCAUCUUGAAUUUUGAAAAGCUGAGAGAGAGUGGGAAGAGAAAGGAAUCUUUUCCUCUUCCCCCCCCCCCCCGUCUCCGUCUCACACAAUAACCUUGGGGGUAGACGAUAGGCAAGCUUGUAACCCUCCGAAUAAGGCGUCUCCUGAGCAUUCUACCUGUUUUUGUACAUCACACCAACUAUGAAAAAUGUGAUUGGUCUAAAGCAUUCAACCGGGGAAGUUUAGCUUCCAAGCUUUUCGUCCGUGUAGUUGAAUUAAAUCAUUUUUUUUUUUCAGUUUUAUCCAGAGGUGUGAACAGUAUGCAGAAUAUGAUGCAUUUAUUUGGGCGCCAGAGCCAUCAAAUCCAUGGAUAUCUGAUGAUAUCACACUCUGGGAGCAAGACAAGAGUUUGUAAGUCACCGUUUUAAACAAGCUCCUUUAUGGAAACUUAGCAGCAGUUUGUAACGGGGUUAAAGAAGAAGUUGGGUGGGGGGUUUGGCCUGUCAGACCUAUAGGUUAUUUACUUGUUUUGGGGUCCAGAGGGAGGUCAGUUGGGGUAUCUGGACCCCCCUUCCCGUCAGACCUACAACGUAUUAACUUGUUCAGGGAUCCAAGGGGGUCGGGUGGGGGAUCCAGAGGCCCGUCCCGUCUGACCUGUGGGUAUUGGUACCACUCAACUCAACUAUUUAAAAAUUCCCUAUUUUGACAUUUUUCAUAGCUUAUUUAGGCUCUAAUGUUAAAGGAAAGAUGUUGUGUUUCUGAAUCGAAGUUGAACCUGCCCUAUCCAAAAUUCCUAGAUUCGAACCCGAGUUAAAAAAAAGAGAAAUUUCUUACUUGUCAAGUGCGAGGGCCGCAAGUUUUUCAGUGUUUAUGUGGCUGUCGUCACCAUCAUUAAAUAAGUUGAUGCAUACUGGGGAAUAUUGGCCCUAGAUCGUGGCAUACGAAAACAGCUGAGGGCCAAUAUUCCUCUGUACGGCUCGAGUAAGGAGGUUAGGAGGUAGUUAAUUACAUGGCACUCAGUCCAAACUUGUUUAAUUUUAAUUUGCCGGCUUUUGCGACCAUGGCUUAUGACAAUUUACGUGGAAACGUCGGGGGAAAAAAACCUGACCAAGUAGGAACCAAUCAGAACGCUCGGAUGUACCUCAGGACUACCUGCCAUAUAAGAAAGCGGUGUAUUUGUGUGUAGUUCUUUGUUUUAACACUAAAUGUUUUCUUGUCUUCCAGACAUUACGUUCCUCCAAAGCGUGUGAAACAAUGGGCGUUCUCAUUAUCAGAACUUCUUGCUGAUCCUUUGGGCAGAAGACAUUUUGCGCGCUUUUUGGAAAAAGAAAUUAGCGCUGAAAAUCUAGGGUAAAAUCUAAACUUGUGCUUUGUUUGUCCUUUUUUUCUUUUAAACGUAUAUUUAUGAUCAGGGACUAGUCAAUUUUAUCACCUGGGGGGGAAGGGGGGCACGGAGGAUUUUGUUAGUGUCGCGAUAAAAUUUACUUGACCCCCCCUCCCCUUGUAAGGCUCUGUAAUAUUCUUUGACCCCCCCCCCCCGUUUGCUUUUUAUUGUCAUUCUUUCCUCUUUAGUUCCUUUUUCUACUCUGUUAGCAGUCACUUACCCUCCCCAAUCUCCUUGAAAACCAUGUAAUUUCCCCCCCCCCCCAGAAAAAAUCCCUCAACCCCCUGGUAAUAAAGAAAGACUGACCUUCUCAAGAAGUCUACUAUAGUGAAUGGUUGAUAUAAAUAUUUAUUUUUGUUUUUGAAUAGAAGAGCAUUGUUCCUUAACCCUUGAACUCUCAUGAGUGAACAAGGCUGAAUCUCUCCCUACAAUAUCAAUACAAUAUCAAGCAGACAAGUAACGAGAAUAAAAGGAAUUAUCAAUUAGGAGAUAAUGAAUUGAUCUUUUACCAAAUUCUCUGAAUUAACAUCAUGAGAAUUGUAUAGCAGACAGUAAGGAGAAUUACUAAUGAGAUCUUGGGAGUGAAGGGGUUAAGUUUGCAUCUGUCUUAUUUCUUUUAGAUUUUGGCUCGCUUGUGAGAAACUCAAAGCAACGCCGAUACGGAAUGUGCCAAGUAAAGCUCAAGAAAUUUUUAAGUAAGUGUUUUGUUUUUUUUCGUUUGUUGGUCUGUUUGUUAUCACGAGCCACAAAGAUGCGAAUGCUCUAUAUCAGUGUUGUGUAGUGUAGAUGCACACUUACAUUAUGUAACGCGCAGGGAUUCAAUCCACCUGUGUCAAACACGUAAGUACAAAAGACUCCGGUGACAUGGUCGGAAAAAUAGAGGCAGGUGACUUGGUGUAGCAAAAACAUCUAAGCGGUGACCACGAAGUUGUAUGUGGGGAAUUGUUUUUUCUUUUUGACUUGUUUUAAAAUAUUUUUGAGGGGCUACUACACCCAGAAGUUAAGGUUAUUCCCAUGUUAUAAAUGCUCUUACUCCUAUUUUUUUAAAUUUUUUUUUUUUUUCAGCGAGUAUUUAUCUGAUAGUGCAACGUCUCCGAUUAACGUGGACUGCAAGACAAGAGAAGAAGUGGAGUUAAAUCUAAAAAAUCCCGGCCGAUAUAUGUUUGACGCCGCUCAGGUGAGUUUCAAGACGAAACAAGAUUUGUCCAACGUCGCCAAUUGGCUUUCAACUGGAAAUAGAAUAUUGGCUCGGAAAGAUGGAAACUAGACAGCGGGCAGGUCCUCAUCGUAAGCUCUUUAGCACGAGUGUUUCUCGCCUGUGGGAAAGUAUGGGGUUUUUGCGCAACACGAGUCAGGAAGAAGGCUGUAAGGGGUCUAGCACUGCUAAUUAUUAGUGCCAGACCCCCGGCAAACCUCUCUCCGACUCGUUUCAGAUCUUCUCGAGGAUGGAGAAACGCGCGUCACUUUUUGUUGUGUUUGUGGCGUUAGGCUUGGUUAUGUUAAACUGUUAUCUCAUGCUUUCGUUUUUAGGAUCACAUAUUUCAGCUUAUGAAAUCCGACAGCUAUCGGCGUUUUAUCCGCUGUGAUCAGUAUAAAGAACUCCUUAAGGCUCCUGCGAAUAAACAAAAAAGGUAAGUACUCAAAUAUUAGUAUCUUAAUUUAGUAAUUCAGGGGGGCGUUUUGGUCUUUGCUUCGUGUUGUUUACCUACCAAACUUGGUAAUUAAUAGACGAGAAGUCCAAAUCGUGGUCAUCAUGAGAGCAAUUUUCAAUUAAGUCUCGAAGGUAAGGCGGGGUUACUUUUUUUUGUUCCAUCUCGCUCUGUGAUCGUUCUGGGAAAAUUCGCCCCUUUUUCUCGACCAAUACUAAACGAAUACUAAACGUGACUUGGUGACCCGCGUUUUCCCGCGCUUUUCGUUGCUUCUCGACCAACACUAAACGAAUACUAGAUAUGACUUAGUGACCCGCGUUUUCCCGCGCUUUUCGUUGCUUCUCGACCAACACUAAACGAAUACUAGAUGUGACUUAGUGACCCGCGUUUUCCCGCGCUUUUCGUUGCUUCUCGACCAACACCAAACGAAUGCUAGAUGUGACUUAGUGACCCGCGUUUUCCCGCGCUUUUCGUUGCUUCUCGACCAACACUAAACGAAUACUAGAUGUGACUUAGUGACCCGCGUUUUCCCGCGCUUUUCGUUGCUUCUCGACCAACACUAAACGAAUACUAGAUGUGACUUGGUGACCCGCGUUUUCCCGCGCUUUUCGUUUGUCCGUUGUUGCUAUGAGUUAUCACCGGUUAACGAUGAUGUUUAUCUUUGUUAACCCUUUAAUCCCGGAGAGUGACCAGCAUCUAAUUUCUCCUUUCAGUAUCACCCAUGAAUCAAACAUUAAGGUCAUGAGAAUAAAGGAAGUGAUAAUCAACUGAAGAACCUCUUGAUUGUUUAACAAAUUCUCCUUGCUAGCACAUUAGGAAAUGUAUAGGGAACAGUAUGGAGAAUAUGCAUACUGAUGUUAGGGUGUAAAGAGUUAAGAUUAGCUAGAAUGAAUACUUCUUUUUCGGUGUUUCGCUAAUCGUUUGAAAACUGCUCCAAGAUGUGAGCUUUAAAAAGAUUUUAAUUAAGUGUGGAAAGUAAUCGUAGAAUUCUUAACUGCUUCAUGAUUUGUUGAGAAACUUCGCGCCACCCUCUGGGCCAAUCAUAUAUGUUCAACUUGUGGCUUGGUCACGCGCGUUUUCCCGCGCUUUAAUGAGUUUACUUGUUCCGACUUUGAGUUCUCAUUGGCUACUAGCGAUAUUUUCAUCUGUUUUGAUUGGCUGUUAUAGUUAUCGCUGUUUUGGUUUAACAUCACUUGAUAGAAAAGCUCUUGAACUCUACAAGGAAACAUCUACUUUUUCAUGAGAGUCGUUUAUAUCGUUACUAUCAGUUCAAGUGCCAUCAACUUUUCGGUAAGGGUUGAAAUCUCAGGACGAUCAAGAUGAUAAAAGCGGACAUUUUUACUUGUGUUUAAUUUCUGAAAGUCGUUGAAACAUUCAAGAAACAGUGUCAACGGACUUUGGCCUUUUCUAAAGGGGGAAAGUUUCUAAAGAAACUGUGCUGCUGCGUCGGUAGGAGAGUAGAACAGGGUAAUUAAGUGUUAUCAACUGAGUUGAAAACGUAAUUUGGCCACCGUAAAGAGUUUAAAGGCUGACGUUUCGAGCGUUAGCCCUUCGCCAGAGCGAAGGGGGCUGUGGGCGUUUUUUAGCCCACUUGUGAACUUAUCUUAAAGUUUAUUUUCUAUCUCUGAUUUCAGCCCACUACCCACAAAACCACUACAGAAUCUUGCGCGGAUUGCUGGGAAGACAUGACGCAAGGCCUUCUGGAUAAAUUGAAUUCACCGUCCUUCUAGUCGUUAAAUUAUGCAAUUAAGCAUAUCAUGGAAUGUGUGUUGAAAUAUCCUCUGUUAGUUUUCCCAGAACCGAGAACUUGAAAAUUUAUGUGGUUUUCUUGAUCAGUUUGUUGUCAACUAAAAUUCUAACUGUGAUCAUCAUAUCCUCGGGACGGACCAUUAGAACUAAAUUUCCAAGGGGAGGAAAGGAUGGAGGAAUUUGUUUGUUUGUUUGUUUGUUUGUAUUUCCUCUUUUAUCCCUUGUAAGGUAACUUCUUAUUAACCAAACGUGAGGGCCAUACUGGCGAAUAUUGGUGCGAGGUCGUGGAAGUACGGUCUAAGCGCAGCGAUGUCCGUACAAAAUCUACCGAGGGCCAAUGUUUCAGUCGUUCAGUUAUUUAUUAUAUGGUACUUAGACCAAACUUGUUUAUUUUGAAUUAUCCGACUUUUUCAUUCAAGAAUACGUGGCUUACGACCGUUGCUUUGGAAACAAAAUACCAAUUAAGUAAAGAACCAAUCAGAACGCUCGGAUUUGCCUCAAGACUACCUUGACAUAUAAUAAUUUUAUUUGUUUCAUCCCCAAAUUUUUUCUAGUUGACUGUCCUUCAUUUAUCUGUUCAAGGUCCGCGGAAUUCUGCAGAGUUUAGCCGAACGGAGUGUUAGCGCUGCUUGCGCUGAAUUGUCACGAAUGUUGCGUUACCUCGUGACGUCUAAUGCAACAUAGUCGUCAUCAGUUAGGUGUGAAAGUUAGAUCGCCUCUAGUACAACGCGAAGGUUUUCACAUUUGAUUUAGUUCCAAAACUCGUUGUGCCUGACAUGACAAUAAGACGCAAUUUAAGAGUAUUUGUAUUUUUUUUAUCGAGGGGCAGGCGCAGGCUUACUUCAUGCAUUUCAGUUUCAGUGAUGUUCAAAAGUGAAUUUUAGUUCAAAUGAUGCUUCGGGAUUCUUUGUUCCUUAUCCAAAAUACGAAACAGUGACGAUUAUGGUUGACGCGAAAUUUUGUCGCCGAAACGAUUAUUUUGAUGAAAACAAUUAUGCCUGUUAGAGAAGCUAGCCUUUUUUUUAUUUCCUUUUAGUAUUUUUUAUCUCUAGUGAAUUGUAAAUACUCCUCUUGCGACCGCUUUUUGGUUGUCACGCAAUGUUCCUGGAUGUAGCAAUCUGUCAAGCAAGCGUCGAGUCACGCUACAACAAACGCCUCGGAAGUCUUGGCAAGAUACAAGAAUGGAUUAAUACAAUGAUUAUACUAGUGAUGAAAAGUAAUGGAAAUGUUUGAAGCAUUAUUGAUAAUUAUUAAUUAUUAAUGUAUUGAGAUGUCUAUGACUUCACUGUCGUAAAGUGAUUGAAAUUGGUUAUUUAACUUAACAGAAUUUAUUGUGACGAUAAUUCAGAGUGAUUUAUUACGAGAAGUAUUCUUGAAUAAAAUGAAAAUAGAACGUUUUUU